CGGGAAACACAAAUCGAGGCGGCGACUCCUCGUUGUCUUUUACGGAGUAUCACCAAAUGCAAAUACUGUGUUAUUCCACUCCUCCCGUGCUCUGCCUUAACCUUCCCAUUUUGCCAAAAUUUCUUCAGCUUCUAGCUUCUUCCUCAACUUCCUUGCCAUUUCUGGCUAAAUUUUCUCUCUCUUAGGGUUUAAUUUUCUGCAGAACUUCAUCACAGCUUUCAUCAACAACGACAAUGGAGGAGCAAGCAUCCACUGCUACUACCGCCAUUAACGCCGCCGAAGCCAGGUUAGUGAUGAAAAAACUCGCCGAUUUUUUUGAUAAUUCGUACUCCAGCGCCAUUCCUUCUCUCUCCAAACGCUGGAGUACAUUGCAGAGUUCCUUCUCCAUGGUAGAAGCUUCCAUUGCGAGCCGGGAGAAGGAACUCGUGUCAAAGGAGAGAGAAAUUACAGAUGUUGUUGAUAGAGUUAAGAGGUUGCAGGAGACAGUGGAUUUGCGGGAGAAAGAGGUGGAGAAGAGAGAGAAUAGUAUAAAACAGAGUUACGAGGUGAUUGAGUUGAAGAAGAGGCAGGUUUUAGAGAAUAGGAAAGCGUUGGAGGGAUUAAGGGAGAAGUUUGGCAAAGUCACGGCGAAGGAGAAGGAGAUUGAGGAGCGGUACAGAGUGUUGGAGAUGAAAGAGGAGCAAUUUGCGGCUCGUUGCAAUGUGGAUGAAGUGUUUCAGUUGAAGGAGAAGGCGAAUUUGAAGGAGAGGCGAAUUCAAGAGCGGAUUAAGGAGUUGGAAGUGAAGGAGAGAAAGGUGGAUGAGGGGUUUGUGGCUUGUCGGAAGCAAUUGGAGUUGAAGAAGGAUGAAUUGAUUGAGAAGCGGCGAGAGCUGGUGUUACUAGAAAAGAAGUUGAAUAAGCAAUGUGGUGAAUUGCAGUUGAAAGCUGGGGAAUUGUUGGAGGAGCGUAAGGUGUUGGAGUUGAAGGGGAAGGAAUUGGCGGAGAGGUGUAAAAAGGUGGACUUAAUGAAGCAAGAUGUUGAGGAAAUGAAUGACAGGUAUGGAGCUGUUGAAUUGAAAGAAAAUGAAUUGAGUGAAGGUCUCCGGUUGUUGGAAUCAAAAGAGAAAGAGUUGAAUGUGCGUCGAGAAAAGCUGGAGUCGACAGAGAAAGAUGUUGAUGAAUGUUUCAUGGCAGUGACCUUGAAAGAAAAGGAAUUGAAUGAAAGUGUCCGAGCAUUGGAGUUGAAAGAAAAAGAAACAAAUGAGAUGCAUAAAGAGCUUGAUUUUAGAAAGAAGGCAGUAGAACUAAAAGAAAAGGAAAUGAAUGACAGGUUUGCAGAAUUGGAGCUGCAAGAAAAACUAAUCACUGAGAGUCGACAAGGGUUACAGUUGAUAGAGAAGGAAGUCGAUGAACGUUUCCGAGCAGUAGAAUUGAAAGAAAAGGAAAUUAGUGAAGGUCUUCAAGUGCUGGAAUUGAAAGGGAAGCAAAUGGAUAAGAGCCGUAAAGGCUUGGAGUUGGUAGAGCAGGAACUGGAUGAGCGGUUUCGAGCUUUAGAAUUGAAAGAAAAGGAAAUAGGUGAAGGUAUCCAAGCUCUGGAGCUGAGUAAGAGGCAACUGAAUGCGCAAUGUAAAAGCCUGGAAGUAAAAGAGAAAGAGAUCAAUAAGUAUUUCACGGUAGUGAAACUGGGAGAGAAUCAAAUGAAGGACAGUGUUGAAGCUCUAGACCUGAAAGUGCAGCAGUUAGAGGACUGUUGCAAGGGAAUUGAGCUGAAACAUCGCCGAGCAGCGGAAUUGAGAGAAACACAACUGAAUGAAGGUCUUGAUGCUCUAGAAAUAAAAGCGAAGGAAUUAGAAGAGUGUUGUAAAUUGAUGAAGCUGAAGGAGAAGGAAUUGAAAGAGUAUUCUCAAAAGGUGGAUACUAAAGAGAAGGAGAUGAAUAGGCGUCACAAAGCAUUGGAUUUGAGAGCACAAGAAAUUGAUGUGUGUCGCAAAACUCAGGAAUCCAAAGAAAAGCAGAUUAAUGAGCAGUGCCAGGCUUUGGGGUUGAAAGAGAAGCACAUUGAUAAGCGUCAUCGAAAUUUGGAGUUGAAGGAGAAGCAAAUUGAUGAGCGUACCCAAAGUUUGGAGUUAAAAGAGAAGCACAUUGUGGAGAUUUACCAAAGUUUGGAGUUGAAGAAAAAACAGAUCAGUGAACAUUGUAGGGAGAUUGAGCUGAAAGAGAAGCAACUGAAUGAGGGACUCCAAGCUCUUGAACCGAAAGAGAAGCACAUGGAUAAACGUUGCCAGAAUUUGGAGUUAAAGGAAAUACAGGCCAGUGAGCAAUGUAAGGAGGUUGAGCUAAAAGACAAGCAAUUGAAUGAAGCCCUUCAAGCUCUUGAAUCGAUAGAGAAACAAAUAGCUGAGAAAUACAGAGACAUAGAGCUGAAAAAGAUGGAAAUCAGCAAUCGUUGUGAAGAGAUGGAGAUGAAAGAGAAGCAGAUAAGAAGGCGCCACAUAGUAUUGGAUUUGAGAGAACAGCAAAUCAAUGAAUCUUGCCAACAAUGCCGAAUGCAGAAAUCUGAAGACAAACAAACCAGUAAGAGUUCUACAUCUGCGGAGAUAAAAGAGAAGCAAAUGAGUCAGAGUAGGGAAGGGGUAGAGUUCAAAGAGAAGAAAUCAAGUGGCACUAGUAAUGAACUGGCUGAAGCAAAGAAUGGGGACUCAACUUGUGCUGAAGUUGAAACUAAAGAGACAGGGAUUUUCUUAGUAACAAGUGAAGUUGUUUCAUCCUCCAUUACGUUGGCUGAUGACAUACAGUUGCUGUGCAAAAAUAUGGAUACCAAAGGUGUAAGGUCAUAUCUAAUUCAGCAUGUGAAGGAGUAUGAUAUCUUGGAGGAUAAGAUUUUAGAUUCUCUUCGGUUAGCAUCAGAUCCUGCAAAGCUUGUUUUAGACGUGCUUCGAAGUUUUUAUGAGUUGGAAGAAGUUCCUGUUAAAGAUUUUAUCGCUGGCUGCAUAUUUUUGUUAGUACAGUUAAUGAAACUAAGGGCUGAUAUUUCCUCUCGUGUGAAAGAUGAAGCCAGAGAAUUUGCUGACAUUUGGAAGUUAAUGCUGAAGCAGGAUAAUGUUCCUCUGGAGAAUUUUGGGUUCUUGCAGUUUUUAGCCUCAUACAAGCUAGCAGAGUCCUACCAUGCUGAUGAUCUUCUUUCACUUUUUGUAACCAUCUUUGAUGAAAGGGAGGUUUAUCAGCCUGAGAAAAAUCCACAGUUGUGCGAUGCAUUGGGACUGACUAGGAAGAUUCCAGAUCUUGUCCAAUCUCUGAAGUUGAGAGAUAAACAGCUGCAAGCAGUCAGGUAUAUAUGUGCACUUAAUAUGGAAGAUGCUUUCCCAGUUGUUUCACUAUUGAGAACCCAUUUGGCGAAUAUCCAGAAGCAAGUUGAGGAGAUAAUCGAGAAAGGCAGCAUAACAGCUCAGGAUGAUGCUUCUAAUAUGGAAUUAGCUGCCCUGAAAGAAGUUGUGAAAUGUAUUUCCUACUUCAAGCUUGAGUUCCGUUAUUCUCCUGUUUACCUUAAAAAGCGCAUCAAGGAGUUGGAAAAGGAGAGAAAAGAAAGAAAGAGCAGUGCACAUUCGUUUGCAAUAAAGAAGUGUUCAGACUUGGAAAAGACAGGAACAGAGGAGAUGGCAGAAACAAGUAAUAGUCCAGAUCUGUCCUUUGACAACCAUUCUGAGAAGAAACGCCCUGCAAAACCUGUAAAGUGUCCAAAACAAGAAAAGCGUCCUAGGGCAGUUGCUCAUCAUGAGUUAUCUCCUCAUUGUGAUAGCUUUUUAAGACCUCCUGCCCACUUUUGGCCAAAUGGAUAUCCUGUUUGGCAACAACAACAACGCCCGCCUGUUAUUUGGCCUAUGCAUAGCUAUGUUUAUGGUGCCAUUGCCGGUGUUCCAUAUAAUACAAGAACAGGUGGGUUCGGAGUUGCUGGAAUUUACCCUGUUGGUGCUUCUACUUCGGUUUACAACGGUGGGAGUCAUGCUCAGAGGGCAGCACGCGGGUGGCCAUGAUAUUCCAUUAUAGUACAUGCAAAUUUUAACAGGAGAUAGGUUAUGUAUAUGAAUCAUUUGAGCGUAGAAGCCUGAUCUUGCUAAUACUCAGCCAACUAGUUACACUUGCAAAAGUGGCGAUGUUUAAAGUACUUCGAAUGAGUAGGUGUUCCCGGUCAACCGUGUGAAGAGACCCGAUCUGUGUGAACUUUAGAUAAGGUAGCACCAGUUAAAUGGAAAUGUGAAUAUCUAGUUAAUGCGUAGCUAGCUAACAGUUGAAGUUUCAGAUGUUUGGAAACUAGAAUUUCAUUUAAAAUUUUGAAUUUGACCCAAUUACAUGAAAUUUGGAAUUGGAUUUCAGCCAUAUCAAAAAAUAAGGCUUACCUUAAGAAUUUGAAAUCCAAUAUUUUUUCUUUUCCCUACUCAUAACCUUUCUUCAUCUUCCAUUCUUCACUUUCUGUCUUCCUAACUUCCUUUGAUGAACAACACAGAACUUGAUCGACUCUCUUAACCUCCAUCAAUUCUCUCCCUUACACUAAUUCUUAUCUCUCCACUAUCACCCUCGUUCUCGCAACUUCUUCGUGGCCUCGUUGUCGCGGCCUUGCCAUUACAUUGUCGACGCCAACCAUUUAGUUUUCAAAGUUCAUUAUUCUAAGAGUAUUGAACAUCAUUAUUUAACUUGAUUGUUUAUUUGAUUAAAAUUUUUAUAUACUAGGGUUGUGUGUAUUGUUGUAACUUUCAUAAUCAGUUUGAUGUUAUAUAUAAUUUCUUGGAUUAUUAUGA